GCCGAGAUAACGCUUGAAAAACACGUCUUAUCACAGACCUUGCAUAGUUGCGUCAUGCUUGCAGACUGCAUACGUGCUGUUCUAGACCCUGGUCGCUACUCUACUACUCUAGUAUACGAUGUGAGUUCGUAACCGCCACUGAGUCACUGGGUAUACUGUAUGCUAAAUUCUUGUUAUUUUAUUUGUCUGUGGUGCUGUCGUUCCGAAUUACCGAACAAAUCACGAAAUAUAUUUCGAAUACGCUUCAAACCUCAAAAGUGUCUAGGUUGGACAACCAUAGACCACCAUCAUAUUUGAAUCGUGAUGACCAACACCAACUGAAACGCCUGACAACAUUAUCAUGGCUCUUGUGUUCAACGACAACGAUCCCUGGUUAAUUGAAUACGAGUCAUGUGAGAAGCUAUAUAGAGAAAUUGAAGGAUUAUUAAAUGUGAGAGAAUUAGAGCAAAAGUCUUCCGAAAAAUAUGUUUUGUAUUCAUCACAAGUCCGGCUUAGGCUGAAACAGUUUACUGAUGAAGUCCAACAGUUAUCUCAUAAACUUAGAGGACUUGCAACAUCUAAGGCUGUUACACUGGAUGAAGAGGAACGACGUCAACGCAUGCUUGAGCUACUCCAAAGCAGAAAUAUUUUAUUAAAUCAACGUUUUCAGAAUAGGAAUAAUAGUCAUACACUAGAACGUCAAGAAUUGAUGAGACCAAGUACUAGUAAGGCCAAAAAAACUGAAAUGCCAACUACUGGUUGGCUGGACAGUGAUGAUGAUGACUAUGAUGAUAAACAACCAUUACUUAGUGAAAAAUUGCUUAAACAACAGCAACAGUAUUUGCUCAAAGAACAAGACGAUGGAUUAAAUGAAUUAGCAUCAAUUGUGUCUAGACAGAAAAAUAUUGCUAUCACCAUAAGCAGUGAAGUUGAUCUACAAAAUGAACUAGUUGAUGACCUAUUGGUAAAGAUGGACAAAACAACAGCUGGAAUUGAAAGCGAGACCAAGGAAGUAGUUCAGAUAUUAAAAAAAGAUUCAACUCGAGGACUUUGGGUGAUAAUUAUUCUUCUACUGAUUGCAAAUGUAGUGGUUGCUUUGUCGUGAUAUUUGGUUAAAAUAUAUAAAUACAACUCGCAAUUAUUAUGUUAUAAUUAUUUUUCUAUAUAUCUUUUAAUAUUUAUUGAUAUUUAAAUGUUAUUUUAUUAUAAUUGUUAAUCAUUGGAUAUUUUUUUUAAAUAAAUAAAGUAAUUCUAAAUUUUUAUACUUAUAAAAUCAAUUAUUUUAUUAUACUUCUUAUCCAUAGGUGUGCACAUAGUUUCAAGUUUGGGGGCAGUAAAUAUUUUUACCGGCCAAUUUUUUCAUACACGACCAUUUUAUUAUCAUUUUAAUAUUCUAACUCAAAGACAACAUUUAACCUUUAUUCUUUUUUGGCAUUAUGUAUAUAAAUCUUUAAUGCGUGUUUAUAACAAUAAUCAUAAUAUAUUGUAGCCUGUGUGACUGUGUUAAAGAUAGACCCAUUUAACACAGAAAAGAUUACCUUGGUAAAUUCAAUACACUUUUUGGAUAACCAACUUAUUUUUUACUGAGCAUUGUACGGUGGCCCAGCUUAGACCCAUUUGGUCCUUACAAAUCUAUUCAAAUUGUUCAGGGGUAGCAGGGUAUGGACGCAUUAUGCUCUUAUCAUUUUUUUCAACAUUUAAAAUUCAAUAAAAUGAUAGAAAAUGGAGAUUUCAUUUGAGUAUUUAUUGCUUCAAGUUUAAAAGUAAAUUAAAAUUGCAAUUCUCAACAAAACCCAAAUAAAAAAUGUUAAUUUAUUUAUUAUUUAAGUACAGUUUCAUACGUUUUAGUUAAAAAUUACAAUACAUAAGUGUAUUCUUUUUAGUAAAACAUCCAAAGUAUCGUCUUGCCACAUUACUUUAAUUUUCAUUUAUUUCAAAAAAAUGAAAAUUGAAGGAAAUAAUGGCUAAAAAUUUUCAAAUUAAAUGAUUACCCAAUCUCUAUCUGUCAUAGAAUCUGCGGUAAUCAUUUCACAAUCAGUGAUUAUAAACAAGGCUCAGUAAAUUAGUAGAUAUCAUGGCGAGAGACUGUCUCAAAACAUAAUCCAUACAACUUAUAUGUGAUAGAGAAUUAAAAUAAACAUUAUAAAAUAAAUUUUAAUAAUUUACAGCAACACUGGUACUACUCUGAGCAAGACUAGUAAAUCAUCUAAAAGGAUGAGUUAGAUGAAAAUGAACAGACAAACAAAGGAUUUUGGAGAUGUUACAGUUGAUUAUUUUAAUUCACCUCGAAAAAAAAGCCUUAGAAACUUAAUAAAGUCUAAUUCAUCCAUACUUAUUUCAUACAGUGGAUUGAACUGAACUUAUUAUGGUUUUCAAAACUAAAAUAUAUGAUGUACCACAUACAAGGAACUAGGAAGUCGAGUCAAUGUAUUGACAAUUUUUUAGACGUUGACUUUCUCGAAGAUCAUUCUGCCGGCUAAGACCAAUAUAAUAUUGGCGUGAAUUAUGAAACUUAAAGGUCCAUGAUAACAUUUGUUGUUUAGUAGAUGUGACUUACACUUAACGGAAUAUAUAUCGAUCUUUAAAAAGAUACCUAAAUUGUAGUAUUAUAAGUUCAAGCCAAUACAAUUACAAAUCGUUGAAGUUUUACUAAAGUGUUUUUCCCUGCAAUUUUGAACUCCUCGAUGCACCAACUAGAAUCACUUUCCCACCGGAAAAUAUACUGAAGUUGGAAAUCAAAACAUUAUUUUGACUACUUAUUGUGUAUACAGACACAAAAAAAAAAUGAAGACAAUUGUAAAAUCAAUACAUUCAUUGCUGCGCUCAGAAUUUAAAAUAUUAUUUAUUCAAUUAAUUUUGUAAUCUAUCAUUUAUUUUGUUUUCAGUUGACAAAAAUAAAUUAUUUUUUUUGGAAUCUGUGACUGCCUAUAGCGCUAAUUUUGAUGCAACAAUGGAACCUUUAUUGAAAGAUAAUCCAAGACGUUUUGUCAUAAUUUCUAUUAUAUAUGACAAUAUUUGGGCCAUGUACAAAAAAAAGAAGCUUCUUUUUAAAAUGUAGAAGAAGUCAAUUUGCAAACUGAUCUUGAAGUUUGGAUGAGAUUGACUGAUGAAGAGCGUCACUUUGUAUCCUACGUAUUAGCAUUUUUUACUGCUUCAAAUGGCAUAGUCAAUGAAAAUCUUGUCAAACGAUUUUCUCAAGAAGUUCAAGUAACUGAGGCUAGAUGUUUUCAUGGGUUCCAAAUAAUGAUAGAGAAUAUACAUUUAGAAAUGUAUAGCUUAUUAAUUGAUACAUAUAUAAUAUAUUCAAGACCCGAAAGAAAAAGACUUUAAUUAAUGCUUCUGAAAUCAUGCCAUGUGUAAAAAAAAAUUGGCAGAUUGGGCUCCUAAAUGGAUUACUGAUAGGAAAGCAACUUUUGGCAAAAGGUUAGUGGCAUUUGCUGUCGUUAAAGGUAUAUUUUUAUCUGGAAAUGUUCCUUUAAUAAUAUGGUUGAGGAAAAUAGGAUUAAUGCCAGGUUUAACUUUUAGCCACGAGCUGAUUUCUAGAGAUAAGGUAUGUUAACGUUUUCAUGGAUAAUAUUAUAAUGCAUAUAACAUAUUUUAUUAUUUUAAUGUUUAUUUAGAGUUUACACACCAAUUUUGCUUGUCUCUUAUUUAAAAAUUUAGAUCAAAAGCCUCAUCAAGCUGUUAUCACACAGAUCAUUUGUGAAACUAACUAUUGAACAGGAUAUUUUUGACAAAUGCUUUACCACUUAGGUAGAUUGACAUGAGCUGUGAAAGAUGAUCAUAUUUAUUGAAUUUAUUGCUGAAAGACUGUUAAUAGAAUUGGGAUGUCCUAUAGUUUACAGAUCGUCAAAUCCGUUCCCAAUAAUGUAACUUACUUCUCAACAAGGAAAGGCAAACUUUUUUGAAAGAAGACUAAGCGAACACCAAUUACCUUCAUUUGUACUCUGAAUCGUGUUUGUGAAUAAAAUUAUUUGUCAAUGACUUAUUUAUCAUUAUAAGAAAACUUUAUUUUUGAAUUUUAUAGUAAAAAAGUAAUGUAUUUAAAAUCUAAAUAAAUUAUACUAUCAUACUUUUUAUAUUUGUUGUAUUUAUAGUUUAAUUGUAAUGUAAAGUUAGAAAUAUAUGACUAAUGUGUUGUAA